UGAUGUAACGUUAUCUCGUGAUGGAAUAAGGCGUCAUAAACCAGGCUGACUGUCCAUCGCCUUAAUUCGACCUCCGUUCUCUCUACUCAGGCAUGUCUAUCGUCGCCGCCUCUGAAGCAAUCACCGUAUUGGACGGAUCCAAUACGGAAAGCUGUGCUCUUAUCGCGGGCGCAGCGCUCAUAUUCUUCGACCAUGUCAUAACAUUCGGCCAGGAGGUCCAGCUGUUCUGGGGAGAGCGAUCGUUCUCUGCAUGGUUGUUCUUUGCCAAUCGGAUGCUUGCAUUGAGCUAUACAGUCAUUUCUGUUUGGUCACUCGUGAACUUUGACGCAGUAACGUUGUAUGGCAAACUUCGUGGCGAGCGAUCUGCUUCUCUUACUCAUCGGAAUAAUCUCAGACGUGGUUAUACUUUUGCGAAUAUACGCCGUGACAGGUGGCGAUCGACGGCCUGUUAUGCUCCUCACACUGUUUAUGGUCUUCGAUGUGGUUGGAAAUGUCUACACCGCCUUCAUCCCAGUGUCAUAUUCUGUGGUUGUAUUGAACAGGACAGCCAUAUGCUUCGACUUCUACACCUCAGGUUCAGUGCAAGGUGUCGUUGCAAAGUAUUGUACAUAGUCAAUGCGGUCGGUGAAACAAUUAACGCCAUCAUGAUGCUCGCAAUUCUCUGGCACAAGCUAUAUGUCCACCAUAGACUGGCCGCCGUUGACGUCCUGUCUACGAGAAAUUUGUCACUUGCGGCACUAUUGCUCAGAGAUGGCACGAUUCAAUUGACAGCACUGUUACUACUGAGCUUACUUGGGACUGUCUUGAUCUUCCUGGACGUCAGCACUGAAGAUGUCGUCGGCCAUUUGAGAUCCUCACUCGUUCCCAUUCUGACCUCUCGUAUCCUCCUCAACGUCCGAGACGCAGCGCGGUCCACACGCGGAGAGCAGUCCCAAACGCCCUCCUUCGUCAGGUCGCAGCAUGGUCUCCAGACACAAGCGGACGUCGAGAACAUGUCAUUCGAAUUGAAUAUCCUAGGCAGCACCGAACAAGCCCAGGAGAUCGAUCACUCUCGCCCACGAGGCUCCAUCGAACGUCAUGAAGGCAUUGCAGAACCGCGCAACAUGGCGGACAACGUUGCGAUCGUUGGCGAUGCUCAUCGGGACGUGAACGAGGAAGAGGGAAUGAACGAAGUCGAGGAAGAGACGCUGCCGGAUGAGGAGGAUAACGCGUGAGGGGAGAGAAUGGGCCUCCAAGCCGGACUGUCAGAUUGAGGGUGAUUGCGUUUUCACUUGCUAUUUAUUUCUUUCCGCACAACCUCAGCAGAUACGCGUCGUGCUAUAAAUCGUGUUUGACAUGUUUCUCG